AUGAUAUCCCCUGAGCUCUAUGCUGGGACCACUCUUCAAGUGACUGUUCAUGAGUACCAACUCACCUAUUUCAGAAAGAAAUUCUUGCGCUACACAGACUUAGACUCAGAAGACAGGGACUUGAAAUACACAAUUACCCAGCCACCCACUGACACAGAUGAGAACAGCCCUGGCAUUCUAGGAAGCAUUGUUUUAACUGAGAGUCCAAAUUCAGAAGUGACAGAGUUCACUCAGGCGCAGAUAAAUCAUCACAAGAUAGCCUACAAACCUCCUGAUUUAGAGCUCGGAAUAACCCCGCAUGUUGUGCAGUUCCUUUACAAAGUUGAAGACAUGGCGGGAAACAGCGCCAGUGGAGUUUUCACCAUAUUUUUACAGCCUGUCGACAACAAGCCACCCCAGAUCACGAACACAGGCUUUACCAUUCAAGAACGAGGGGCACACGUCAUCACACGCGCUGAGCUGGACACCACAGAUGCCGACACAGACAGCUCACAGAUUCUGUUUACAAUCACCCAGCCUCCAAAGCAUGGUCAGGUCAAGUACAUAUUCACUGAUAUGACUAAGGGGAAUUCAUUCAAUUUGGACGAUAUAUCUAAGGGUAGAAUAUCUUACAUUCAUAAUGGUGAUGAGUCAACCAGCGAUUUCUUCCAGCUGGAUGUCAGUGACGGAGUCCACAUUGUCACAAUCACAAUUAAAAUCAAUGUGAAGCCUAUUGAUGAUGAAACACCAACCAUCAGCCUUCCAGAGGGCACUAUUGGUUCUUACAUAGAUGUUCUGGAGAACGGAGCGACAGAGAUAACCACCAACGUAAUUCAGGGUCGAGACGAGGACACUGAUGACCUCAGGCUGACCUUUAUCGUAGAAGAUCCCCCAGUUUUUGGUGAAAUAUUAGUGAAUGGUGUGCCCUCUAAUAGCUUCACUCAAGCGGAUAUCAUUAGUGGCUUGGUAGUAUAUGCACAUAAUAGUGGAGAAAUUGGCUUGACAACCAAAUUCGACUUCUUUAACCUUACGCUUACAGAUAUGUCGGAUGAAUGGACAGUUGGGGGAAAUAAAAUCAAAGGAGUUCGUACACAGGUUACCAUUCUGCCGCUGGACAGUCAAGCCCCUGAGGUCUUUGUGGGUCCCCAAUUCAUUGUCGUAGAGGGUGAGAAAAAUGUUAUUGAAAUUUCGCACAUUAGUGCUAAUGACCUUGACACCCCUAAUGAUGACCUUCUUUGCACAAUUAUUGUGCAGCCCACCUCAGGCUACGUUGAAAACAUCUCCCUGCACCAGGCUCUGAAAAAUCCAGAUCUGAAUUCCCAUUAG